AUGAUUAAAGACAAUAUUUCCCACACAUUCCGCAUAUCUUCGACUCAUCGGGACAAUGCUGGUGUUUAUCGCUGUGUGGCUCUUAAUGCUUUCGGCGGUCUACGAAGUACUUCGCUUAAACUGGAAAUAGGAUAUUUGGAUCCAUUGAAUCCCAAAGCUCGUUCUCGUUCACUACUCGAAGUGUACCUGGGGCAAGCAGUCGUUCUUUGGCCCAGUUCAUAUGCUCGGAUAUUCGCCCCGGGUGGAACUCACUCUGAACUGGACACAAGCUCCGCGGAGGAUAGCACAUUAUCGGUAAAUGCAGUACCUGCCCCACGUGCCAAAUGGACCAUGAAUAACGGACCAGUUCCAACCACAACGAGUAUUUACGUGAGCUUGGUCGAACAAACUCUCGUGCUAUUGAAUGUCGACUGGUCUCUUGAUUCGACCGUAUUUCGAGCACAUCUGGUGAACAGUUACGGUGAUGCACAAGCUCAAGGAGGAGUGUAUACACAAUCAUUCAUCUUGACUGUGAAAGAACCCAUGCCUGAUGCACCAAUUCAGUCACUUCACUUGGUACUGCCACCAAAGGAUGUUACCGUUGUACUGCAAGACGGCCAGUCCGGAAGCGCGACGUUCGAGUGUGUAUUCAAUGCACGUCCAUCACAUGCAUUACGUGUUCGCUGGUAUCACCGUCAAGUGGAUGAUGCAGGACCGAGCCAAAUGCAGCUCAUUCAUUCACACGAUAGCCAGUCGGACAACGCGCGUUCUUACCGGUUUGAUCGAUCUGGCCUGAACAGAAGUCUGACCGUAUCAAAUAUUCGCACACCAACGAUGUCUGUUCUUACAGGGUUGGUUGAGACCUAUAUGGAAGAAUUCACAUGUCAAGCCUAUUUGGAAGCGUAUCCACUAGCUGGCGAUGGAUUUACAAGAUAUGAUGAUAACUUGAACUACGGUAUGGCCUACAUGAGUGGUCCACUCUCAGCAACUGCUCGAUUACGAAUUCACGUCACUCCACGACUCCGACUGAGUUCAUCAGUUGUUCCGUUUCCGGUCCAACCUGGUGACAAUCUGGGACUCCAACCCAAGGCUGCGAUUGUCCAGAGCUCGGUCAGCGCGACCCUAAUUAUUCCGUGCGAAUUCGAGCAUGCGGGGCAUCCGAGAGCCACAAUUGAAUGGUACAAAAAUGGACGAAGGUUGACUCCAGCGGUUGGUUCUACCAGAAUGAAGUCUUAUGUGGAAAUUGUGGAACGUUCAGAAGCCUCGGCGGAAUUCGAACCCAUGCAGGGAUGCCACCUAAACUAUUGUACCACGCACGCUCUACCAGCUAAUCUAUGA